AAAAAAAAAAAAAAAAAAAAAAAAAAUUUUUGAAGAAAAUCAAAUAAACUGAUUGUUCAUAAUUAGAAGUUUACUGAUAUCUAGAAAAUAUGAACAAAGGAACAAUGAAUAAUGAGCAGAAUGAUAAUAAAAUGCUCGAGAAUAACGAGACUGAAGAUACUCCAUCUGAGACGUCAGACAAAAAUUUGAAAACAGGGCCUGGAGUAUCUGAAAGCCCAGCAAUGUUGACAACAACUUCUCCAACUACAACGCAGUCAACAAUUACCGCAAGUCAGACGAGUGCACCUAUAACUCAGUCAAUUGCUGCUUUUAAGACGAGUACACCAACAACUCCGUCAAACACCAUUGGAAAUCCACCGAUUUUCACAACUCAAUCGAGUGACAGCAGUGGUAGUACCCCUAUCACUGAACAGACUGUACAACAAGAACUAUUACAGUUCCUGUGCAAACAGCGCGAAAACAUCGAGCUUCAAAACAAAGGUUUUGAGGCAAUGAAAACCUUGAUGAGCUUAAUUAAUAAGACAUCUGAAAAUUUAUUGAAGGCAGAACGGCUUCGAAUGCAAGGUACACGAGGUAAUUUACUUAACUCGACCGCUUUUCUAGACGAGAGUUCAACUCAUACGGGUGCUGGAAUAGAAGUUCAAUCCAGCCCGCAAGAGAUUAACAUAGAAGUAACUAAGGCUCUUAAUGCUUCGAUUACUGCUUUAAAAAGUACACUAGAAUCAAGCAAAAAAUCUCAAAAUUAUCAGGUACCAAGAAAAUAUACUCUUAAUUCAGAUAGUGAUAUCAACAUUUGGUUGGAUAAACUUAAAUCUGAAUUAUCAUCAAAAGAUCUAUUAGAUGUUAUUGACCCAACGGUCAUUGGUCCUGAUAAUUUGGAUGUACAAACAAUUGCAAAAAGAAAACAAGCAGUAAGAGAAAUCAUUACUAGCCAUUUAGAUGAUAAAUACUAUAAGAGGGUUCUCACUAUAACAGACCCUAUUAUGGUAAUAACAAGUCUAAAAGAAGCUAAGAGGGUCGAAAAGAAUGUCACUCACACUUCUGUUAGAACGAAGCUGUACGGAAUGAAAUUGAAACCAAAGGAGAGUAUUGAUGAGUUCUGGAAUAAAUUCGACAACACCAUCGUUGAAUAUGAGAACUGUGAUAACGCAGUACCUCUGACAGAUGAAGAGAAACGGUCAGCUUUUUACCAAGCUGUCAGUAAAGUAAUUCCAGAAGCUCGAACUGCUGAUUUAUUGCAUCGGCAAUUUAAAGGCAGAUCAAUGACUCUGGUUGAGUUGAGGUCUCAUUUGCUACAGCUUGAAGCUGAGAAGAAGUCUGAAACUUCUCAAGAACAAGAUGCGUGUGCAAACCAAGCAAAACGGUUUAAAUCACACCAUGACAACUGUUAUAGAUGCAAUAAGACGGGUCACUACGUCAAACAGUGUCCUUUAGCAGCAACUAGUGAAUGGUACUGUUAUAUUUGUAAAGUGAUCACUGAUCACAAUACAAAUUCUUGUCCAAAAAAUGAGAACAGUCAAAAUUCAGGCAGGUCUGACUACAGACGUGGUCGUGGUAGAGGUAGAGGUAGAGGUGCUUUUAGAAGAGGUACGUUCUUCAAAGGAGGUUUUGGUGGCAAAUCCAAAGAAUACACCAAAUCCAAGCCGAAAACGUUCAAAAAGCAAGCAGCCCCACCAAAGGAUGGAGAUAAAAAGAAACCACAAGCACGACAAGCAGGUAUGAAUUUUAAAUAUAUAAAUAAUGUAGAUAAUAUUACGUUUAUUGCGGACUCAGGCGCAACUGAGCACAUAAUUAACAAGAGUUUGAUUUUGAGUAAUUUUAAACAUUGCACAGGCGAGGUAAUUAAAAGUGCAAAUAAAAAUAAGUCAGCUGACAUAGUAAUAGAUGGAGUCGGUGACCUUUACUUAAAAUCAAAUCUUAGCAAAAUAAAAUUAACGAACGUAUUAUCUGCAGAAAAUAUCGCAAAUAACUUAAUCUCGCUUAGACGAUUUGUAGACGCUGGAUUAGGAAUAUUUUUAGAUGAUAAAAAAUUAGAAAUAUUCGAUAAAGAGACAGGUGAAACAUGUUUAUCAGGAACAUAUGUUAAACCUAACUGGCUUGUUACCUUCGAGGUAAAACAUGCUGAGGAGGUUAAUAGGCCAGAUUACACAACAUACUCUUGUACUGCUGAAAUUAUUUCUCCAAAUGAAUUUUCCGAACAAUCUCAGACGGUACCUGUUGAUUUAAAUUUGCAAAAGAUGGAGGGAGAUUUAGAUGUUUUCUCUCAUAAAUCAACAUCAUCUGAGCUUGGGAGGGAGAGUCAGAAGAAAAGUCUUUUGGAGAAAAAUAGAAAUAAUAUAGAAGCAGAAAUCACAGAUUUUUUAUUAGAUGAACAAACCUUAAAUAGAAGAAUUUUAGAUUUUAAUUCAGCCGAUGCUCUAGAAGAAUUCAAUAAUAUUAAAAGUGCUGAAAAUAAUAUACAACAAUUAAAAAUAAUAAAAAUAGAUGAAGGUAUGUUAUGGCACAUAAGACUAGGUCAUCCAAGCUUGAAUUAUCUAAAAGAACUUAAAAAAUCUGAGCAGUCGUUGUGUAAUGUAAACUUUAAAGAAAAUAUUUUAGAUUGUGAAACCUGUAUUCUAGCUAAGAUGGAAAAAUUACCCUUUAAAGAAUCUAGAGUAAUAGCAGAUAGACCGUUACACACAAUUCAUGUGGACACUAUGGGACAAUUUAAAAUAAAUUCGUUCCCAGGUGCUUACAAAUACAUUAUUGUGUUUCUAGAUGAUUUUUCUAGAUUUGCAAAAAUUUAUUCUAUUAAAAAUAAAAAUGAAGCUGCUAGUUGUUUAGAAAGCUUCAUUAAUACAACUAGAAAUUUAUUAGGUAAAAAUGAAAAAGUGUGCUACAUCAGAACUGAUAAUGCUAGGGAGUUUACGGGAGGUGAUUUUGUAGAUGUUAUGCAUAAAGAAAAAAUAGAAUCAGAUUAUGCACCACCGUAUACCCCAGAGUUGAAUGGUACAGCCGAGCGAUUUAAUAAAACAAUACAACAGAAAAUUAGAGCGUUAUUGUUUGACUCUGGCCUGCCUAAAUCGAUGUGGAUAUUGGCAGCUGAAACAGCUGUUAAUAUGUACAAUCGAACACCUCACAAAACUAAUGGUUUUGUAUCACCAUUAAAUAAACUCAAUGCAAAGAUUAGCACACAUAUGAAUAAAAUUAGAAGGUUUGGAUGUUUAGCGUAUGUUAAACUUCCAAUAUCAGAAAAUAAAUUUUCUGAAAGAGCAAUAAGAUCCAUACUGGUAGGUUACUCACGUACUGGCUAUGUAUUGUGGGAGCCGACCUCUGGAAAAUUCUUAAAUUCAAGACAUGUCAGAUUUAAUGAAAAACUAGUUUAUAAGGAUAUUUACAAAACAAAAGAUUUAGAAGUUGAAGAUUCUCCAACAAUUGAAAAACAAAAAGAAGUAGAAGUAGAUGAUAAUUCAAUUGAUGGGAAAAUAGAUUCUGAAUCUUCUGAUGCAAAUACUCCUGUAACAAAAGACUCUAAAGAUAAACUAGUUAAUUCUGACAAGUCUAAAAAGCGUAAAUUAGAUGAAAAUGUAUCAACUGAUACAAAAUUUAAGAAGUUGAGAGCUUCAAAAAGAAAACCAAAACCCAAGAUAGAUGAUAACUUCGUUUAUGCCAAAACAAUAAAAAAGUUCACGAUUGUAGAUGAAGAAGAUUUUAUAUAUGCUAUGCUUUCUGCUAUCAACAAGGAUCCCGGUAAUUACAAAGAGUGUUUACUGCGGGAAGACUGUGUUGAUUGGAUGAAGGCAGUUAAAGAAGAAUUAAAAUCAAUAGAUGAUAACAAAGUCUACAAUCUAGUAAAAAGACCUGUAGAUGCUAAUGUAGUGAACUCUAGAUGGGUUUUUAAAACCAAAAUUGGCAAAAAUGGAGAAACCAUCUAUAAAGCUAGAGUGGUUGUAAGAGGUUUUCUAGAUGUAAACGAGUAUGAGCUAAAAGAAACCUAUGCUCCAGUUUCAAGACUUCCAGUAAUCAGAUUAGCACUAGCAAUCAUAAAUAAACUUGAUUUAGACGCAAGACAAAUGGAUGUAAAAACUGCCUUUCUGUAUGGGACUCUGGAAAAAGCAAUUUUUAUGGAGAUCCCAGAAGGCUAUGAUUGCAGUGAUGAAAUCAGAGAAAAGAUGGUCUGGAAGCUUGAAAAAUCUCUUUAUGGUUUGAAGAUCAGUCCUAAGAGAUGGAACAAAAAGUUCACUGAAGAAGCACUGAAAAUAGGUUUGGAGAAUGAUCUAAACGAGCCAUGCUUAUUUUCUUGGAGAAAAGAUGGAAAAAUUGCCAUCGUAAUCCUAUACGUAGAUGAUAUGAUUGCAGCUAGCAAUGUACCCGAAAAAUUAGAUGAAAUUAUAAAUCAUUUCAGUAAGGUUUUCGAAAUGAAAAUUUUGGGAGAACCGGAGAAUUUUCUUGGAAUGAAAAUUCACCGCGAUAGAAGUAAACGUGAAAUGUCUAUUACACAGCCUGAGUACACUGAAAAGAUCCUAGAACGUUUCGAUCUGAAAGAAUGUAAUGCUCAAGACACACCCAUGAUAACUAGACAAGUCAAAAAUAGAAACAAUAAAAACAUAGGAAAAUUAGAUGAUUCCAAUAUUCCAGCUAAUGCACCUUAUAGAGAGGCUAUAGGGAGUCUGUUGUAUCUUGCUGGUGCAACCAGACCAGACAUAGCAUAUGCUGUAAAUUUAUUGUCUAGAAGACAGAAUAAUCCAACCAAAGGAGAUUGGACUGAAGUCAAAAGAAUUUUCAGAUAUCUUAAAGGAACAACUGAUUUAGGUUUGUACUAUAGAGGUAAAACCGAAAUUAUGGAAGCUAUGACUGACACUAGCUUCAGAGAUCGUGAAAAUUCGACUUCGACAAGUGGUUACAUUAUCCAAGUGUACGGUGAUACAGUAGCCUGGAGAAGCCACAAACAGUCCUCUCCUGUUACAUCAACUUGUCAAGCAGAAUAUCUUGCCAUGAGCGAAUCUUGUAAGGAAAUAAUCUCCUUGGAUAAAGCGACUAGAGAUAUAAUAGGUAAAACUAUGUAUCCAGUCACUAUUAGAUGUGAUAAUAAAUCAGCAUGUAACUGUACUCAAAUGGAGGGAAGUCAUAAAUUGAAAGAUUUUGAUGAUGACGUUGAGCUUAUCAAAUCCAAUUUGGCUGAAAGAGAAAGAACAGGCAAGAAACCUCAAAUGGCUGAAACUCAUGGUGAUUUUGUUAAAUCAUGUGUCUUGGCGGGCAAAAUAAAGGUCAAAUGGAUAUCCACUAAAGAAAAUAUUGCGGAUAUUAUGACUAAACCUUUACCCUCUACAUCACAUAUCAAACUCAGAAAUAAAAUGAUGAACUUUUAGAUGAUAAAAUUUUCAAUGAUAUAGAUGUUAAAUAUAGAUGUUGAAUUUAGACGUUACACAUAGAUAUUGAAUUUUAGAUGUUAAAUAUAGAUGUUAUAUGGAAGAUUUAAACUAACAAGUUUAAUCAUAUAAGUAAUUAAUAUUUUACAGAUAUUUAAUAUUCAGUCUUAGCAGAGUGCGCAGCGGAGAAAACCAAAGGAGUUCAAGGACCAUGUUCUUAAUUGGAACUUUACUUUUCAUUAAUAUUUAAUAUUAGAUGUGUUCAUGAUCGUUAAUCGAUUUUAGAUGUAAUUAUGAAACUAUAUGUUAUUCAUUAUAUUUAAAAGAUGUAUGUGCAAAGGGAGGGAGUGUCAGAAAUAGUUUACUUUGCGACAUACAUGAGGCACCAUCUAUUAGACGUUUAAAGUAAUUACUAGUCCUCUAGAGUAGUCUCUUACAUUGUGACAUACUCACUCUUGAAUAUAGCUCUGUACCGAUCACACGUACAUCUAGAAGUUCUGUGUACAAGACAUAAUAAAGCUGCAACUACAUAUAGACGUAUAUAUAUAUAUAUAUAUAUAAUCAAAGUGUUAUAUUAUUACUAGAAUAGCCAUCCUUCCUACUUUCCACAAAUCUAUUAUAAAAGUCCUUCAAUAUCAUCCAUGAUUCUUUGUGUAAUGACUGAUGCGCAAUAAAUCAAUGUAAUUACAAUAGGUGCCAUCAAUACUUUCAAAUAACGAUAA